AUGGAGAUGUUUGAUCAUACAAUUAGGGAGUUAUUGAGUAAAAACACAGAUAUUCAAAAAAUAGUAGAUUUAGAAAAACUUUCAUAAUAACCAGGAUUUAAGAUUGAAUAAACUAAUAGUUAUAUUUAUAUAGGCUAAGUAUAAAAUGGAAUGAAACAUGGAACAGGUAGUUUUGGAUAAUUUAUAUCUAGGUAUUUUGAAACUUUUAGAAUCCAUUAGAAUUUAUGUAGGAGAAUGGCAAAAUGAUCAGAAAAGUGGGCUUGCCUAUGAAAAAUUUUAGAGUGGAGCUGAAUAUUUUGGAAAUUAUGAUAACAAUAAAUAAAAUGGUUAUGGAGAAUAUGUUUGGGCUAAUGGGGAGAGCUAUAAAGGAAAUUGGAUAGAUGGGAAGAAAUGUGGAUAUGGAGAAUGGUUUGGAUAAAAUACUUCGUAUAAGGGUGAGUGGAACAAUGGAUAUGUUGAAGGAAAGGGAGUGUAUUAAUCUGAAAAUGGUAUUUUUGAGCUCUUAAGUAAGGGGAUUAGUAUACAGGAGACUUUUUGUAAUCUAUGAAACAUGGAUUAGGAGAAGAAUAAUUUGCUAAUGGAGACAAAUAUGUAGGAAGUUUUAAAAAUGGGAAGCCAGAUGGCUAUGGAGAAUAUUUUUGGAAAAAUGGAAGUUUAUAUUAAGGUGAAGAUAGAGUUAAUUAUAGGUUUCUUUAUGGAUGGCAUGAGACAUGGGCAUGGAGUCUGGCAAUCUAAUAUUUAAGGUAAAAUAGAUAGGUACGAAGGAGCAUAUUCUAACGAUAAAAAAUGUGGAUACGGUGAAUUUGUGUGGUCUAAUGGGACUGUCUAUAAAGGAAAUUAUUUUGAUGAUUAUAGGUAGGGAUAUGGUGAGAUGUAUUAAAAUGGAGUUAUCUUUUAUAAGGGAGAGUGGGAUCGAGGAAUAUAAGUGGAAAAAUCAAACACAAGAUUCAAAUUUUAAUAGAAAAUGAAAACUCAAGAAACUACAAUAAGGAAAUGGAAGUUCAAUAACAUAGAUGAAAUUUAGGAAUUAGAAGAAGAAACAGUAACUUCUGGAGCUGAAGCAAGAAAUGAAAAUAAUCACAAAAUAAUCUAAAAGAAUUCCUAAAAAUAUCGUUUGAAAACCUUAAAUAUCGAGAGCAAACCAUAAAAUAAUGAUUUUACUCCUAUGAAAAGAAGUCUUUAAUUAUAGAAAAAGGCUACACCUGUAAUAAAAGCAAGAAGUCGAACUUAAUCAAUUGGCAGUUGUAAAAUACCAAUUCUAUAAUAAAAAUAAAGAUCAAAUUCGAAUUAAAUUACUAACAACUAAAAAAUAGAACAACUAGUUAAAUUGUCCCCUUAUAAGCAAGCACUGAGAAGUGGAAGAUUUAAAUUAUAGAAAAUAUAACUAUGA